ACAUACAACCAUAAGAAGGGUUUGCUCUUACCACUCCAUUCCCCACACCCACAGGCAAGAGAAACGCACGCACGCAGAGGAAGGAAGGAAGAGGAAGGGAGCUGAAGCUGCUGAACAGGCAUGGAGAGCAAGCUCCCCGACCAGGGGUUUCCUUCUUGAUACUACUAAUAGCACGAAAUCACCUCCGACCCCAGUUCUACAAAUCAUCCGGCUCAGGCACCAUAAGUACUCCAAGUCUCCAAAUAAGGAGCAAAUUCUAACUUAUACUGGACUGUGAGCACAGUAUUUGCACAUUAAACAAAAUGCGAAAGAACCACAAGACCUGCUAUUUUUGGGGCUCCACGAGAAAUCAGCUAAAACUAACUGAUUUCUGAUGUCUCUGGACCGAUUAUGUAAGGUGUUUCAGAGGAAAAAACUUGCAAAAUACGAUUUGUCACCACCUGAAUUCCUAUCUUUUGUCCAUCUGCUCCAAAGGCAAAGGUAAAGGCAAAGCUCAGCAUGAUGCACUCAAAGGUUAUCUGCUGCAAGCUCUACAUCUCUGAAAGCCAAAAUGCCAUGGUUGUUGAUGCAAUCAGUCGCAUUGGCCAGAAAGACCCUGAGGUGGUUUUACUCAGCAAGUUCGAGGAUGAGUACUACAACCGUGUCCGCUACACGCUCGUCUCCUAUAUCAUCAGCAGCAGCUCAACUGGUGAAGCUGUAUUUAGCCCAAUCAGGAAAGUAUUGUUGGCAAUGAUUGAGACUGCAUUUUCAGCCAUAAAUCUUGAAGUGCACUGCGGAACUCAUCCAAGGAUUGGUGUCGUUGAUGACUUAUCAUUCCACCCCUUGAGUCAAGCAGCUACAAUGGAGGAUGCUGCUCAGCUGGCUAAGCUGGUGGCCUCUGACAUUGGCAAUGGCUUGCAAGUCCCGGUGUUCCUGUAUGCGGCAGCACACCACAGUGGCAAGAGUGUUAGUGCAGUACGACGUGAGCUCGGCUACUACAGGCCAAAUCACAAGGGCAUCCAAUGGGCAGGUCCGGUGCUCCCUGAUACUCUGCCAAUGAAGCCAGAUGUGGGCCCAGUUCAUGUUUCUCGUGAAAGAGGUGCCACGAUGGUCGGAGCUAAACCUUUUAUUGAGAGCUAUAAUGUGCCAAUACUGUGUAAGGAUAUCCCAACCGUGAGGAGGAUUACCCGAAGGGUGACCGGACGGAGUGGAGGUUUCCCGACAGUGCAAGCACUUGCCCUUUUCCAUGGGGACAAUUGCACGGAGAUUGCAUGCUUAUUGGAUCCAGAUCAUGUUGGUACCGAUCAGGUUCAAUGGCUGGUGGAGCAGAUAGCAGAGGAGCAAGGACUUGAAGUUGACAAGGGUUAUCCCACCGACCUGCCCAGGGAUAUAAUGCUAGAAAGGUACUUCAAGAUGAUUUCUGCUGCUGAUUGACAUGUGCAUAAUUUUCUUGGCAGAUCGUCAUGCAGUUAAUUGCAGUUCAUGCUGCUGAUUGAUAUUCUUGUAAUCAUGUGUAUGCUUCUGCUGAAAAUGUGGUGCAAACUAGCAUCCAGGACCAUUAACCAAUUGUUACAUUUUGUAUAUAGAAGUUAUAUCUUCGCUGAA